UUUGACUCAAUUAUUGAUGAACUCGUAUCCUGGACAACGAACGAUGGUUGUUUAUUGGCUCUAUCGAUCGCACAAGGAAGAGACUUUGUGCCACCGAAAUUAGUAGUUCAGUGGGCGAAAUCGAUAGCGGCUGAAACGGUUCGACAGAAGAUCCCGCUUGCCAUUUACGCGCUAUCUUCCAGCAUGGUCGGCAGAAAGAAACGUGUUAGUGCAGCGAAUCGAAAAUCGGUGCAGUUUGCGUCAGCUUCACGAUCGAAAAUUUCCAAUGAUAGUGUUUAUCCCGACUAUUCCAAAUUCAGGGUCACCUAUCCCGUUGUUUGUCGUCAGCGCUACCACAAGGACAAAUUGCGUUAUGAUAAGCAAUUCGAAUACGAGUUGAAAAUGUUGGAGUUGAUGCAGAAUUCGGCUUACGAUUCUAUGCGUUUUCAUAGACAUUUUGCCAUCACGACGCUGUGGCCACCAUUACACACCCGGAAGGAAAUCGAGUAUGUGCUGGACAAAUUUUUCCGCCUCCCGAAUAAGCAGACCAGCCGUUUACAUGACAUCAUGAAUGCUCCAGUGUACUAAUGGACAAUAGUUAUUUUGAACAAAAUAAUGAUAAGAUCGAAACAUUGUUUUUCUUGAAGAUAGAUCGUCACAGCGUAGACCCCCACUUACGCUUUACGAAUAUUAUAUAUUGACACUCGAACAAGCAAGCCUCUCAAACAGUCGAAACGCUAUUUUCAAAUCGAUAUUUCUCAGCCGUUAGUGAACCGAUUUGAACAAUUGGGUCUCACAAAUGUUCCCGUCCUCAAAGAUUUGUCUGAGAAGUUGAGAUCUCCUAUCGGACCGUUAGGGACCUCUCGGGACCUUAAAUCGUAGGAGCAAGUAGUGAUUUUCAUACAAAUUGCGUAUUUGGUGCUCACCAGCUCGACGUUCAUGCUGAUUUAAAUAAGAUAUUUUGGAAUCCGU